AGCUAUUCUUUCUUCAAAACUUGUUCGAUAAACCAAUCUCCUACUUCUCUCUCUCUCUCUCUCUCUCUCUCCCUCCCUCUUCAACUCUCUCUCAAUUUCAAACCCUAGUCUCUCUCUCUAAUUUCAAACCUUGCAUAUCGAUUUGGCAGAGCUAUGGCAGUUAUCUAAAAAAAUGGCUUGAAUCGGAGUUUCUUCAUUUGGAUCUCUUCGUAUUUUCAUUCAUUUGAAGUGUUGUUCUGGGGAAUUAUCGGCACAUUUACUCCGAUGAGGAAUUCAGAUAAAUGUCAACGCUUUUUGAUCUUUGGAUUUCUCUUCUUGGCCUCUGUGUUUCGUUUAAUCUCAGCUGCGAAUUAUCUUCCCACUGAUGAAAUUUUCCUAAACUGCGGGGCAGCUCCGCAAACUUCUGAUGCCGAUCGCCAAUGGACUUCGGAUAUCGGGUCAAAGUUUGCGCCUGCAGCUGGGAAUUCAUUGACAGCUACUGCUUCUGCUCAAGAUCCUUCUGUUCCUACAGUCCCUUACAUGACCGCUCGGAUUUUCAAAUCCGAGUACACCUAUAGUUUUCCUGUAUCUUCUGGUCGGAAAUUUGUCCGUCUGCACUUUUAUCCUGCUUCUUACUCGGGGCUAAAUGCCUCAAACGCCAUAUUCUCAGUUGUUGUUGGAGAAUAUACCCUUCUCAAGAACUUCAGUGCAGCUCAAACAACUCAAGCUCUGAACUAUGCUUUUAUGAUGAAAGAGUAUUCUGUCAAUGUGCCUGAUUCCACCUUGAACAUAACCUUCAAGCCUUCUAGUACUCCAAAUUCGUAUGCCUUUGUGAAUGGGAUUGAGGUAGUUUCGAUGGCUGACAUUUACAAUACUGCUGAUGGAGCUACCUUCAUUGUUGGGCAAACUGGACCAUAUUAUAUAGACAACAGUACGGCUCUUGAAAGUGUUUACCGGUUGAAUGUCGGUGGAAAUGACAUUUCACCCUCCCGUGAUACUGGGAUGUUUAGGUCCUGGUAUGAUGAUUCACCGUUCAUCUUUUCGGCAGCAUUAGGGGUUCCACAAACUAUUAGUCCAGGCAUGAAUAUUACUUAUCCUUCCAGCAUUCCCACUUACGUUGCGCCAGUUGAUGUCUAUGCCACUGCCAGAUCAAUGGGUCCAACAGUCGCGGUUAACGAGAAUUACAAUUUAACUUGGAUCUUCUCAGUUGAUUCAGGGUUCUCUUACCUGGUUAGGCUGCAUUUCUGUGAGGUUGAAGAAAAUAUAACUAAAAUUAAUCAGAGAGUCUUUGAUGUCUACCUUAAUAAUCAAACUGCUGCGUAUGCAGCAGACGUGGUUGGUUGGGCAGGACACAAUGGAGUUCCAGUUUAUAAGAAUUAUGUGGUCGUGGUUCCCAAUGGGGCUCCGCAGCAAGAUCUUUGGCUUGCGCUGCAUCCAAACAUUGCCUCGAAGUCGCAAUACUAUGAUGCGAUCUUGAAUGGACUGGAGAUAUUUAAAGUAAAUGGCAGUACUGGAAAUCUUGCUGGUCCUAAUCCAGUCCCUGCUCCAGUACAAGACAUAAUAGACCCAUCAUCAGCUUAUCCAUCCCACUCAAGUCAUUCAAAGAAUCAAACAGCUAUCAUUGGUGGAAGUGUCGGUGCUGCCAUUGCUGCACUCCUUGUUGGUUUAUGUGUUUGUUUUGUUUCUCGUCGUCGGAGGCUGGGGAAGUAUUCAAGUCCAAGUGAUGGACCAUCUGGGUGGCUCCCUCUUUCUUUAUAUGGGCAUUCACACUCUGCAGGCUCGGCAAAGACUAACACCACAGGAAGCUACGCCUCUUCCCUCCCUUCAAACCUUUGCCGCCACUUUUCAUUUGCUGAAAUCAAGUCUGCCACCAACAAUUUCGAUGAGGCUCUGCUUCUUGGGGUGGGAGGUUUUGGCAAAGUUUACAAGGGAGAAAUUGAUGGUGGAACAACUAAGGUUGCAAUUAAGCGUGGCAACCCCCUCUCUGAGCAAGGUGUGCAUGAAUUCCAAACCGAGAUAGAAAUGCUCUCGAAACUUCGACACCGCCACCUUGUUUCACUGAUUGGUUAUUGUGAAGAGAAUUGUGAAAUGAUCCUUGUCUACGAUUACAUGGCUUAUGGAACCCUUCGGGAGCAUUUAUACAAGACCAAUAAGCCACCGUUACCUUGGAAGCAGAGGCUUGAGAUAUGCAUUGGAGCUGCUCGUGGUCUACACUAUCUCCACACCGGUGCCAAACACACUAUUAUCCACCGAGAUGUCAAGACCACGAACAUCCUACUAGAUGAGAAGUGGGUGGCAAAGGUUUCUGAUUUCGGCUUGUCAAAAACAGGUCCUACAUUGGAUCACACUCAUGUCAGCACAGUUGUAAAGGGUAGCUUUGGGUAUCUAGAUCCCGAAUACUUCAGGAGGCAACAACUGACAGACAAAUCUGAUGUUUACUCAUUUGGAGUAGUACUCUUUGAGAUCUUGUGUGCUCGGCCAGCUUUGAACCCGGCUCUUCCAAAAGAGCAAGUGAGUUUGGCAGAGUGGGCUUUUCAUUGCCAGAAGAAAGGUAUUCUCGAUCAGAUCGUUGACCCGUAUCUGAAGGGGAAGAUUGCACCGGAGUGCUUCACAAAGGUUGCUGAGACAGCAAUGAAGUGUGUGUCGGAUCAGGGAAUCGACAGGCCAUCAAUGGGUGAUGUGCUGUGGAACCUUGAGUUUGCUCUACAACUGCAGGAGAGUGCAGAGGAGAGUGGAAAGGGCCUUGGUGGAAUGGACAUUGAAGAUGCGUUUGAUGUCAAAUGCAAAGGAAAGUCGGAUCAUGAUACCUCUCAUGGCUUUGAUGGGAAUGUGACCGAUUCAAGGAGCAGUGGGAUGUCAAUGAGCAUAGGUGGCCGGAGUCUAGCUAGCGAAGAUUCUGAUGGAUUGACACCGAGCGCUGUUUUCUCACAGAUUAUGAACCCAAAAGGGCGUUGAGAUCUACUCAAGUAAUCUACUCAAGUAAAUUUUCUUUCUCACAGUUUCAUUUACUUGCUAUUUAUCAUUUUGGGCUCGUAAUAUGUUUUUUUCUAUUCAAAUUCACUGUACGAUGUAUGUAAAAUUACAUGACAGUGUGUGAUAAAAUAAUUUGUUGUCCUUUUUAUAUUUGCAGAUGAUGACAUGAAUUCAUUUGGGUUUUUGUGUUUUGAUA